CUUGUUCGGAGUUCGGAGCUGAGCGCACCGACAGCCAACAGUGUGUGUUGUUGUUUGUUGCUGACUGGCUGACACUCGUCGAGCACACAUAACCCAGCGAGCCGCACACGUACGAAGAGGUUAGGACGUUCUGCCGAGAUUUCGCUGAUUUGAUUUCGCCCAGUAGACUAUUAAAGAGAGAGAGAUUGCCCGGCACGGCCGAGCUUGUUCCGCACCACCGUGAAACUACUCCGCUCCGCCAGGGCCACCAGGCGCCACUGACUGCAGCUCCGCGAUCACCACCAGCCUGGCCAUCAUGGAGUGCGACAUCUGCACCGAGCAGUUCGACGGCGCCGAGCGGCUGCCCAAGUCCAUGCCGUGCGGGCACACGGCCUGCCUGCAGUGCCUGCGGCGGCUGCCCGACUGCAGCUGCCCGACGUGCCGCCGGGACUUCAACGGCCCACCAGAGGGACUCCCCAAUAACUUCACAGUGCUCAAGUUCUUGGAGGGACGCAGACUGGACAGCACCCCUAUCGUCUGGUGCUCGGACUGCCGCACCGCCGCCACGUCGCUCUGCAAGGACCACGUCCACAAUGUAAUGCCCACUAGGACAGCUCUGAGGCACCACCUACAGGACGCGCUGCCGCUGGCCGCCGAGCAGCUCCUGACCUUCCAGGACCAGUGCCUAGACGAUCAGGUCCUUUCUGCCCUCCUCCUGCUGAUGGUCGAGUCCUGGGAGGUGUCGCUGCGGGGCGGCGGCCACGAGCUGACGGGCACCCUGCGUAAUAACACCGAGGACCCCUGUAUGAAGGUCCUGUGGCUCCUACUGGCGGCACUCACCGAGGACCAAGCUGCGACACGACGGGACCCACCACCUGCAGCUGCGCCAUCACCCUCUGCAGCGGCGCCCACCCAAGGACCACAACCUGCAGCUGCACCAGCACCCUCUGCAGCUGCGUCAACACCUUCUGCAACUGCACCAGCACCCUCUGCAGCGGCGCUCACGCCCAUCCAGGGCCCACCACGUGCCGAGGUGCAUCCCACGCGGGAGAUGGAUGUUGGGGAUAUCAGCUGGAGAAGACCGGAAGACAUGAAGCCGGAGAAGGCCGCCGCGCUGGAGGAGGCGCUAGGGGUGACGCGGCUGGUGGACGUGCGGUGCCACAGGGACCCCGCGUAGAGCCUCGAGCUGCUGCAGCGCGCCGCGCCCUCCCUAGAGCAGCUGAGUGUGCACAACCCCAGCGAGGACCACCUGCUCGCGGUGCACGCCAUGCCGCGCCUCAAGAGGCUCUACGUGACGGCUAGUCCGAACGCUUGCAUCCCCGAGCUGCCCGAGCUCCCGCCGGGACACACCGGUCUGCAGUGGCUCAGGGUGUGGGGCCUCCGCCGCCAGACGCUGAGUUCCAUGCUGAAGGCGCAUGGCGAGUCGCUGGAGGAGGUGCAGCUGUCGGUGGGCACGCCGAUGGCGACGUCGUCCUACUCUUACCCAUAUGACGACCACAAACUGGAUUCGCUGCUGCAGUGGAGCGCCCUCCGGGCCAUGCGGAAGCUCGUGCUGAAGAGGCAUUUUGUCCACCACAACGCUGACUCGUGCGUCCGGCAGAGAGCCUCGAUACGCCUGCACUUGGACGGGGCCGAGGUGCUGUGCGACCAGUGUGACGGUGUGGUGGCAGAAGAAUUGUAGGUAGAGGCGGCGAGAGCGACAGCACCAAGUAAGUGACACAAGAGGACUCCGAACAGCGCGGACGGUACGAGGGAGUGGAACGGGCGUGAGUCGUGAGUGUAGGGCUUGUGGAUCCAGUUGUACCAGUAAAGAAACGUCUUUGUUACAAUAAACAUGCGUACCACCA